AAUUAAAAAAGGUAAUUUUUUUUACGUGCGAAAUAAUUUUGAAGAGUGCUUCGUGGUCACAAUGAAUUGGCAUUGAAGAUAUUGUGGACAAAGUUUCUUAGUUCCAAUUUAACUCUUCCCAAGAGUGAACCAUUCCCUCUCGAUAAAAAAAUAUCGAUUUAAAAAUUAGUGUAAUCAUGGAAGUUAAAAUUGCGCGUGCAGUUACGAUAUUUGUAUUAUUAGUGCACUUACAAGUGAUAAGUGGAGUUUAUUGGCCUUGUGAGGAUAAUUCUGAUUGUACUAGUCAAGUUAACGAAACUUAUUGUUCAUCUUAUGGGAAUUGCGAAUGUGAAGCUGGAUAUAUAUUUAAUGAGGCGGUUACCAGAUGUUUGAAAGAAUCUUUAUACGGAGAACCUUGUGAAGAAGGUGCGCAGUGUUCGCAUAUGCUAACGGGAGCCUCUUGCAAGAAUGGUGUUUGUACCUGCGAAGGUGAUGAGCUUGAGAUGCGAACUUACACAAAUGGUCGUUGCAGAAAAUUGCUUCCAUUGCACAGUGAAUGUCAAGAGGACUUGGACUGCGAUUUUGGUUUUGAUCGAGAAGCAGUGGCUUGCAAGGCUGGAACAUGCCAGUGUGCCGAUGGAUUCUAUCAUCGUGGGGAAAAUAUUUGCCGAAGGAUAUCAAUGAAUGUUGGUGAUGAUUGUAUCGUCAAUGACGAUUGCCAAGGUGGUAAUCAUGAAUGUGUGGGGCGAACGUGUGAGGAAAAAGGUGAAAUGCGAGAGGCCGGGGUGCAAACAGACUUAAUUGAUUCUCCUUUAUCACCUACUGAAUCCAAGAGCAUAGAAACUGAUACAACUUCCAAUUCUGAUAGAAAAUUACGUGAUGAUACGAAGGAUGAGGGAGUGCAGUUUGGUGAUCCCUGCGUCAACAACGGAGAACCAUGUCAAGGACUCUCUUACUCGCUGUGCAUCAAAGAUCGUUGUCAUUGUAAACUUGGUUACUAUCCCUUAAAUGGCAUUUGCAUGGCUGAACUGGGAGAAGAAGCAUCUAGUGCUGAGCAUUGCAGUACAGUGCUCAGGAACAACAAAUGCGUUUGCAAUUAUGAUUCAUUCUACAACCCGAACAUGAGAGCUUGUGUCAGAAAUGUUCUUGCAAUAAAUUCCUCAUGUGCUCAACAGAGUCAGUGCUCUCCGUAUCUUUCGACGUGUGAACCUGUCGGUCUGGUUCCUCGUUGCAUAUGUCAUCCAUACAAACUUUAUGAUGAAUCCCGACAGAUUUGUGUUCACAAGAAGGGUAUGGGUGAGUACUGUGAGAAGAAGGAAGACUGCUCCUUGAGUAAUUCUGCAUGCCAGCCCGACAACACCUGUGCCUGCGACGAUAGUUACCUGGAAGUGGAUGAGCAGUGCAAGCCGGCCAUUGGAGGAUCAUGUGAUACGACUGAAGAUUGUGCCGUGGACAAUACGGAAUGUGUGACUGAUAGUGGUGAUAAGGAGGAUGAGACGGCUCCAGUUGAGCAGAAGAAGUGUCGCUGUAAGGUGGGUUUCUCGCACCAUACAAAGUCAGAGUGCCUUCCCAAUGCAAAUAAGUACGGAGAUGAAUGUGAGGAGUCUGAGCAGUGUCAGCCACUUCUGGGACCUCUGGGCAAGUGUAUAGAUGAGGAGUGUGUAUGUGACGAAGAACAUCAUCACUACAAGGAUGGAAAAUGCAAUGAGAAGAAAGUUCUUGGCGAACAAUGCACAAAACCUAGCGAAUGUUUCGUAACGGACAAUUCAACUCAAGUGGAGUGUAGAAACGACAUAUGCCAAUGUGAAUAUGGAUAUUAUUCAGACUCAACUAGAAUCAAAUGUGUAAAAUCGUCGAACAAAAAUUCUUCCGGUCGACCAAGUCCCCUGAAAGUCAUUACAAUUCUACUUAUAACAGCCGCUAUUUUAGUCACUAGUGCUGCAAUUAAGGAAGCUUACUACUAAUUUGUAGUGGUACAUAUAUGAUACAUAUUUACAUAAGUAAUUACAUGUCGAGAGAUAUAUACUAUGUAUUUACAAAAAUAACAUUACGCUUCAAAGAGUUCUCCAUUUGUAAAUAUCCAGGCAAAAAAUAGAAAAAUUGUAAAUAAAUUACCUUCAAAUUAUAAUUUAAUUAUUGAAAGGUGUACUUUUUAAAUUGAAAAAAAGAAAGAAAAAAAGCAAAAGUGCAUUGAAAUAUUAAAAUGUAGACAGUGGAAGUUCCAAUGAAGAAAAUCAUUUAUUAUGAUUUGUUAAACUUGAGAAAAAAAAUAUAUCCAACUUCACCGUUGAACUUUUGCACAGAAUAAAGGAAAAGUUUCCUCAAA